GUGUGUGUAUUAUUCAUUAUAAGACUCGGUUCAUCUUCAGCUCAUCCUACAUGGCGGAAAACUAGUGUGAGCUAGUGAGAGUUAAGCUGAUGGCGAGAUGUAGAAUACUCACUUUUCACAAUGCACAUGAAUAAUCUGCUGAAGCACUGGAAUAGAAUCACAGGGAUAUCUGAUGUGGGCAUGUCGGAGCCUGGUAGACCCACCCUCCUCAGUGAGUGUACAGAUGCGUACUGCCAGGCCGAGCACCAGAGCUGCCUUCAUAUCUGUGCCUGCAAACUGCAUUUCUGGGAGGAUUUCAGCACAGAGCUCAUAGGGAGUGGCUUCUUCUCUAAAGUCUACAAGGUGAUGCAUAACACCACAAUGAAGGUGAUGGUGGUAAAGGUUUAUAAGAAUGAUGUGGAUCAGGAAAGCAUCAUAAGGGAGAUGAGCCUCUUACAGAAACUCUCACACCCCAAUGUGGUGAGGUAUCUGGGGAUUUGUGUCAGAGAGAAUAAACUGCACCCGAUCCUCGAGUACGUAAGCGGUGGCUGUCUGGAGGAGCUUUUGGCGAGCAGUGACAUCUCGCUCUGUUGGAGAGACAAGGUUGAACUAGCCUGUGACAUCUGCAGAGGAAUGACGUACCUCCACUCCAGGAACAUCUACCAUAGAGAUCUGAACUCCAAGAACUGUCUGAUCCGAGUGACCGCACAGGGCAGAGAGGCAGUGGUGACAGAUUUCGGUCUUGCCCGAGAGGUGGUGGAGCUUCCUGUUAGCAGUCCUGACAGAAAGAUGUCCUUGGUGGGUUCUGCGUUCUGGAUGGCCCCCGAGAUGCUGAGAGGGGAACCAUAUGGCCGCAAGGUUGAUGUUUUCUCCUUUGGCAUCAUGCUGUGUGAAAUUCUAGCUAGAAUUCCUGCUGACCCAGAAAUUUUGCCUAGAACACAGGACUUUGGUCUGGAUGUGGAGGCAUUCAGAGAUCUGGUACUGGGAUGUCCACAGAAAGUUCUGGAGCUCCCAGCCAACUGCUGUCAGAUGGACGCAUAUCGGCGGCCGUCGUUCACUGACCUACUGGAAAAGCUAGAGGAUGUUGCAGAGAGUCUGGAAUCUCCAGAUUGCCCUCUGACCUCAGGGUGACCGAUGCGAGAGAAGUGUCUGCAGAAUGCUUUAGUCUUUAUGCCUAAUUUUAUCUUUGAGGACUUGUGUGUUUAAGGAACUGGACCAAUUUUCACAUGGGACAUGUUACCAUACACCAUUCCUCAUGCAGUCUAAUCAGGGUUUACUGCAGGAGGCUGGAAUUAAAGUGGCAGUGAACUAGUA